UAGCGGAGGACGCGGGGCGCGGGGCGCGGGUGGAGAGGCAGCGAUGUAAACAAGACACUGAGGAUGGAUAUUAGUAGUGAUAUUGCAAAGCUUAAAGUGUCGGAUGAGCUCUUCAAAGGUGUGAGGUUUCAUGUCACAGGAAAUGUAUUCCAAGAGGUAUUGAAACUUUUGACGGAUGGAGGAGCCAAGCAGGAUGCCCACAUCACGGACUAUAUGACCCACCUUAUCACAGGAGAAGAUCCAAAUGAAAAUGAUAUUGGAGAAGUAAAGGAUAUCUAUGAAAAACCAGUGGUGAAUGAGAGAUGGGUUAUUCUCUCAGUUAAAUGUGGAAAACAGCUGCCCUGGAAUGGUUUCUCCCCUGACACAACACAGAUUUUCUCAGGAGUUACAGCAUGUGUGUCUCAACUUCCAUAUGCAGACACCCUGUCUGUGUGGGGCAUGAUAACAUACCAUGGAGGACAGUUUUCACUUCAACUGAAUAAGUCCUGUACACAUCUUAUUGUGGGUAAACCUGAUGGGGCAAAAUACAAAUGUGCACUAGAGAAUGAGGAGGACAUCACUAUUGUGACUCCAGAUUGGGUGCCAGAUUGUAUUGAAGAAGGAAGCAGAAUUGAUGAAACUGAGUAUCAUCCCCGUCUUUUAAAACUGCCAAAGUCACUUGCCAGCCAAGUACCACAACCACAGUCGAGACCAGUCAGAGAACAAAAGAAGAGACAGACAAGGAAGGAAGAGCAGAAAAGAGAAGAGGAGAAUCAGAAGAUUGAGGAAGCAAAGGCAAAGGAAGCCCUGAGAAAAAAGGAAGCUGAGAAGAAGUCAUUAUUUGAUGCUAUUGAAUUUAGUGAUGAGGAAGAAGACAGUAAGAAAGGCAUCUCCCUGCUUGACCAGCUGAAGAGCUCUCAAACAUGGAGGCAGCCAAGCACUAAACCCACUAUGACCACUCGGAUGUCUGCUGCUGCUGCUACUGCCACCACUGCUGUUUCUCAAGAUAAGCCCAAAACUCCGCUAACAGCUCCCAUCUCAGCUAAAGUUGUGACAUCACCACUACCUCCAUCAUCUUUACCCCCAGUUACACCUCAGCCAACUACUACCUCCAAAGAGUCAGUCCAAACAUCAAGUGAAGGGUUAGCAGCUCAAAAUUCAGGUCAGAUUACCGGUCAUCUGAACAGCCAGCCAUCUACAUCUGGCUCAUCUCAGUCCCCUCCAAUCAACAAGACCUUGACUGACUUAACACAGCAUCCUCAGACCACAAGUUCAGCCAUUGGUCCAAAGAUUGUAGAGGCAUCUGCCACCAUGCCUGUCACAACUCCUGCCCAACUUGUCAAUCAACAUCCUGUAGCAAAUAUGCCAGUUUCUACACAACCGGAUGUCCCUCCAGUAAUGAUGCCUCAAGGUGUUGCCUUGAGACCUGUAGGACCUGCCCCACCACAUCUUGUUCCUCCAAACACUGUUCGUCCCAAUCUACAGGGUGCAUCUCGAGCACCCCAUCCAAAUCCUGUGAGAGCACCUUUAAAUCCAUCUCGGACAACAACUCCCACUCCCAACCGCAGCACUCCCCCGAACACAUCGCGUGCCACCCCUCCCAUCUCCAGAGCCACUCCCCCUAUCACCACCCAGGCAGCCUCUGUUGUGGCUUCCCGGGGAGCACCUGGAACACCCACUACACCUUCCAGGGCAACUCCUCCAGCAAAUCCCCGUGCAACUCCACCAAUUUCUGCUCGAACCACCCCACCUACCACAUGUCGAGCCACCCCUCCCAACAGGAUAACUCCUCCAGUUGCUACUCGCCCUGGACUCCCAGGAGUAGUUGGACCAGGACCACGAGUGCCCACCAUGCCCCUCACAAUGACCGGCCCUACUGUGCGUUCCCCAGGAGCAGUGUCACAGGUGGCACCAGGAGCAGUGCCCUCACCCAGCAUGCCCAGCACUAUGCCAAACCAACAAGUUCACUCAGUUGCCAUACCAGGUGCAGUUGUGCGCCUUCCUCAAGGAGUAACGCCACAGCAGUUGCAGAUGAUGACUCCAAAUGAUCGUCAAACAUUCCUUCAAAAGCUUCACCAAAAGCAGCAACAGGAACAACAAGCAAGAGGAAAACCUAGAUUAGGAAAGCCUCCUGGUCCUCAGUACAAACAAGGUAUUCGCUAUGCACCUGCUGGCCCCAACAUGCACACUCCAGGAACCCCACCUGCACCUGGCACUGCAGUUUCCACAUGGCCAAGUGGAACUCCAGCUACUCCUGGCCUAAGACCCACCAUGACUUCUGUAGCCCCAGGCACUGUUGGUGUUAACUAUCCAGCCAAUCAGAUGCGGGCACAGGGUCCCGGUGCACCUCCUGUUGGAACACCCAGCACUCCAGGUGAAGGGGUUCGACCUGGUUGGCCUGGUCAAGGUCAGCCUCAGUACCAGGGACAGCAUCCUCCUGGCACACGGCUGGUUGUAGGGCAGCCAGGGUGGCAGGCACAACAGCAGCAGCAGCAGCAACCACAACAGCAACCUCCCCAACAAGGAGGGAUGAGGCCUCAAGCUCCACCUGCUCCUAAUCAGCAGCAAAGUCCUCAUGGUUUACUUCCUCAGCACAUGCAGCAGCUUCAGUUACAAAUACAGCAGUUAUGUCAGCACUUCCCACACCUGACUCACCAAGAUGCUUCUCAGCUCAUACAAAGGAUUCCUGCCCAUUUCAGGCACAUUCAACAGUUAGACAAUGCCCAACGAAGUGAAUACCUAACACGGCUGGAUUCCAAAGAAAGGCAAGUGGUAACAUACUUUAUAUUGAGAAAGCAGCAGCAACAGUUAAUUCAGCGGCAACAAAUUCUUCAGCAGCAACAGCAGCAGCAACAACAACAGCAGCAGCAGCAACAACAGCAACAGCAACAGCAGCAGCAACAACAGCAGAAAGUAGGCACUCCCCAACAGUCCCCUCAUGCUUGGCAGCAACAGCCACAACCUGGACAACCACCUGGUCAGCAGCCAGCUGUGCAGGGGCCACAGUAUCUUCCCAUGCCUUCCCAUGGAAGACCAAUAUCAGGUCGACCGAUCCCACAAGGUUACCCUGGAUGUCAGCCUGCAGGGGUGGUGUCUCCUGGCCAAGGUUCACCUCAUAUGGUGGCCAGUGGUCAACUAACACCACAGCAACAGCUCACACCACAUGUAUCGCCCCUUGCUUCUCCACAUGGCCAUUCCCCCAUCCAGCGUCCUGAUGGUCCUAUGAUGACUCAUACUGUUCCCAUUCAGGGUUCUCCUGUGCCUCCAAAUUUGGUCAAUCAACAAAAUUUAGUGAAUCCAAAGACAAAAACAGCAUUAGCCAUACACCUCACCAAUCGACUGGCAGGUGGGGUUCACCAAGGAGCUGUUCCACCUCAGGCCCCUCAAACUCCCCAGGCCUCUCAGACUCCUAUGGAAGUUCCUGCACAUGUUGUGCAGAAGCCUGGCAUGCCACAAGAAGCUGUUCAAGUGCCUGGUGGCGAGGCAGUGUUGGUGUACCAACGUAGAGCUCUUGGGAACAUCACUGGCACUGUCACCAACAACUUGGUGCGGCCAUCUGUACCAGGCACACCUGCUGGUGUGGUGCCUGGCCAUGGUUACCCUCGUCCACCACCACCUUCACAUCCUGCUGCUCCUCCUCCCGUUAUGGCUCCUGCUGCACCACACUAUCCUCGGCCUCACCUCGUUGGACACGACACCAGCUUCAUGUUGCCUCGUGAGUUGUGUCUGGUGGGGUGUGUGUUCUACAUUGCUGACUAUCAUGGUGAAGUGAACACAAAAACACUCCAUAACUGGAAGAGACUUAUCCACCAACAUGGAGGAGAAGUGGUGUCUAUCUAUGACUCAGCGAGAGUCACACAUUUGUUAUGCAAGCACCAGAAAUCACCAGUCUUUAUGCAAGCUGUGAGGGAAAACAAGCGCUGCAUAACAGUAUUUUGGCUCAAUGAUGUACUCCUGAGAGGAAAAAUGGCACCUCCUUGGCAGGCCAUUCACCUUCCUACACCCUUUGCAAAUGAUAGCAAACCAUGUAAAGGCCUUCUUGUUAGUGUAAGUGGAUUUGAGAAUGAAGAAAGAGCUAUCAUUAAGGUGAUGUUGCAACUGGUUGGAGCAGACUACACUGGGUACUUCUCCAAACAUCACAAUCUUUUGGUGUGCAAGAAAUUGGAAGGAGCCAAAGUAAGUAAGGCUCGAGAAUGGAAGCGACCGGUAGUGAAUGGUGUGUGGUUGAGUGAGGUGCUGCUGGGGCAGAACACUCCUCCACUGGUGUAUCAUGGGACACGCUACCAGCACUACCUAGACGACCCUCUCAGGAUUGAUGCUUCUUUAGCGUCACAUCUUUUCAAUGCAUGGAAAUAUCCAAUCAGUGUCUCCAAAGAAUCUGUGGAAAAGGCAAAAGCAAUAAGAGAAGUAGCAUUGAAAAAGAGAAAAGCUGAAAUUGAGGGUGACCAGGAAAAUAAGCGUUCUCGCUUGGAGCCUCCACCAGUUCCUCAUCUGAGUGCUACACCAGCACCAGUGCCCCACCAACUAGCAGCUCCAGGACAGCUUCCCACUACUGCAAAUGGCCUUCCUCAGGCUCCCAUCUUACCCAGUGGGGGAGUGCGGGGUAAUCUCACUAUUAUCAACAAGGAGCUACCACCUGAACAGCUCAGGCCUCGCAUACUGCUCUCUUGUGUUAAGAACAAGGAGGUCCUUGAAAGGAAAGUUUUAGAGUUGGGAGGCUACUUGGCACGGUCCAGUGUUGAGGCAACACACUUUGUGAUGGGCACCACUACAGCACAUCGCACCAUCAAGUUCAUGUGUGCUGUAUCAUCAUGCAACUUUAUUUUAUCUUUGCAGUGGAUUAUUGAGUCUCAUGCUGAAGCUAAAUUUCUUGAGGAGGAGAAGUAUUUCUUAUCUAUGCCUGAAUUUGAAAAGCUUUUCCAAUUUAGCUUGAGGGACACUCUGGCGAAGCCCAAUCGAAGACAGUUUUUCAAUGGAAAGAUAUUCUUCCUCACUCCAUCGAUUGUGCCUGGACGAACAUGGAUGAGAGAAAUUAUUGAAUGUGCUGGAGGAACUGUGGAAAAUAAAUUACGAACACUUAAUGAUGUAAAGGAGAAGAACAGGAAUGAUGCUAUGAAAUAUAUAGUCAUUACUAUCCAGCCUGAUGCGCACCUGGUGCGGGAGCUUGUUCGGGAAAAAAUGCCUGUGUUUGUUGCUGAGUUUGUGUUGGCCUCCAUCAUGACACAAAACAUGGAUUUCCAAAGCUUUUCAUUCUCAGAGGAUGAAGAGUAAUGGUUUAGCUUAGUUUUAUGAAGUUGUAAUAUAGAAAAGAGUUGUUUAAAUAUCUCUCUCUCUCUCUCUCUCUCUCUCUCUCUCUCUCUCUCUCUCUCUCUCUCUCUCUCUCUCUCUCUCUCUCUCUCUCUCUCUCUCUCUCUCUCUCUCUCUCUCUCUCUCUCUCUUCACAUUUCUGUUUGUGUACAUAAAUGAGACCUUGACACGGAAGUAGGCAAGACAGGACAGAGUGCCUCAUCUCAUUGUAUUAAUUCAUGUGUAAAUAAAAAAGAUAUUUGCUUUCAUUAUUUACAGAAGUGGAUGAAUAUAUUUUGUGUGAAUGAGGAGUAGAGGAGGAAGUACUUUCAGUGCUUUUAUGUUCUCGUAGAAUGUGAAGGAGAGCAUUGUCUAUAGCUACACUUCACAAAGAGUGACAUUCACUGAGACUUUUCAUAAUGCAAGUAAGGGACUGUUUGUAUUAUAUUUCAUUUAAUUUAUUUAUUGAAAUCUGUCUUUAUUGUUAUGAUUUUUACAUCUUUUAUUACUUUGAGUUUCUUAGUCUGAAUUUUAAUGAAGUGUUUAAUUUAUUGUAAGAAAAUCAUGCAUUCUUUUAUGUGAGGAUUGCUUAUUGCCAUUUAUUGCUCGAGGUGAAUUGGUAAAUUGCCGUAGGGCUAGAAAUUAUCAGUAUUUCAUGAAUUUGUCAUUCGUGAUAUUUCUUGUUAUUAUAUUGCUUGAGAUCAGUUCCUGCAAAACUUAAUCAAUUUUACAAUAUUUCAUGAAUUUGUCAUUCAAGAUGUUUGUUAGAGUUCUAUUACAUUGCUUGAGAUCAGUUCCUGCAAAAACUUAAUCAAUUUUACAAUAUUUCAUGAAUUUGUCAUUCAAGAUAUUUGUUAGAGUUCUAUUACAUUGCUUGAGAUCAGUUCCUGCAAAACUUAAUCAAUUUUAGAAAAUGUCACAAAGUACAUAAAAAGAUUGUGUAUAUAUAUUUGUGACACUAAAUAAUUUUAGUAAAAUAUUUUCUGAGACUGUUAUGGAAUGUUAAGUAAAUUCCUUGACCCAUUAAAUCCCAAGGAUCUUUUCAUUUAGUAUUAUUUUGGUAGUUUUCAUAAAGUCACAUUCAUGUGGUUAAAGGAAAAUGCAGUGUAGCGAGAGGCCUUGGCAUUUAUCUUUCUUUAAUAAGCUUGACGUAAGCUGUCUCAAAAGAGGACACUGGGACAGUAUCAUAUCAACUGUGAAAAUAAGGAGAAAAGUAUUACUAUAUGAUUUUAUAUUUCUUACACAUGUAUAUGGAAUCAUGAAAAUAUGCUGUUAUUCUUUUUGAAAACAACCUUUUUACAGUUACAAUGGAAACAAAAUAAAAAAUAAAUUGUUAUACCAUGUGUAUAUCAAGAAUAAAAUUAGAUACAAAGUAAAAAUACUUGUGCAGAUUGCUGCAAUGCAUCUAAGGUAAUUAAUUAUCUUGUUAUAUAAGAACACUACAGCCUUCCUUGAUAAUAUGUCAGCUUUUCUUUACCCAUGAUAAUGUAUCAGUUAUCAGCUAUUAUUGUAACAUGAUCUAAAAAGUAUCUUUUCUUUUCCAGAUUAAUAUCUCUCUUACCUAAGUCAACAUUAAAUUUGGUCAGAUUGUAUUAUCAUUAUUUUUUUUUUUAUUAUUAAUAUUUUUAUUUUACAGUAGAAACUGGAAAAAUAAAGAAGUAUUUACCUACA